AUGGACGCCGGUCAGUCCGUCAUACCGGAAGUGCAUGACAACCCUCGAGUUACGGCGUCUUUUUACACCGGAAGUAGAGGUAAACAAAGACCCCCAAGAAGUUUGGAUAUGAGAAACCCUGCAGCUACUGAUAAGAAAGCCUGUGUGUUUUGCAGUGAACAGCAUUCCCCGAUCGACUGUACCAAGGUAACUACUUACCAGUCCCGUACUGACAUUGUCAGGAAUAAACAAUUGUGUUUUAACUGUCUUGGUAGUCAUCAAGUGUCAAAGUGCCGAUCCAACUUUCGAUGUCGCCGUUGCCAACGGAAACACCACACCAGUAUAUGUGACCGGAAGUCUGCCCAGCCGACAGCUCCCACAGUCCCUACAGCCCCAACAACCUCAGAUCAACAGAGAAACCAACAAGCCACAGCCAUACUCCAUUCUUCGACGCAGUCCCCUUCCAAUGUACUACUGAAGACAGUCAUCGCCCCAGUGUGCAACCAACAGUUCAGAGUAGACGCCACAAUUCUUUUUGAUGAGGGAGCACAACGCUCAUUUAUUACAGAAAAAUUAGCCGACGAACUACAUUUACCUCGUGGAAAUCCCGAGAUAAUUCAUCUGACGUCCUUUGGAGACUCGAACCAGAAUGUACGCUUCAUGGAUACGUCCACUGUAUACCUAGUAACAGAUUUCGGAAGGAAGAUUGCCAUCCAGGUCCUUGUUGUACCAACCAUUGCAGUACCAUUACGUAACCUACAGCGUGAUGUGAAAGACUUACCCUAUCUACGAGGACUUAAGUUAGCCCACCCAAUCACAGAUGACGAAUCCUACGAAAUUUCCCUGUUGAUAGGCGCAGACCACUGUUGGAAGAUAGUACAGAACAGAAUAGUACGCGGAAAUGGACCUACCGCAGUAAGCUCCAAGAUUGGGUACCUCCUAUCCGGUCCACUCCCGAGUUCACCUACGAAUACGCCCACUAGUUACAUAAUGAAUGUACUUACCUCACCACCAGAUGUCCACGAGUUAGAGCGCUUCUGGAAACUUGAGUCCAUGGGUAUUACACCAGAAGAGGAUCCGUCCAGUACAGAAUACCUACAGACUUACCAGACCACUGCAAUCAAGUUCGAAGAUGGACGUUAUUCCGCCAUGUUGCCAUGGAAACUAGAUCACCCUCCCUUACCAUCCAAUUACUUCAUAACGAAACGAAGCACAGAGAAAACGAUUCACCGCCUACGUCAGGAGCCACACCUACUUAAUAAGUACGGCGAAAUCAUAAAAGAACAAGUAUGCAGAGAUUUCAUAGAAAAGGUCCCAGACUCAGAGAUAGCUUCCCAAGAUGUCCAUUAUAUUCCGCACCGUGAAAUCAGAAAAGACUCAACAACGACCCCAUUCGUAUAG